AUGGUGACCGUGCUGCACCGUGUCACCAAGGGCCCUUGCACACACUGCCUUCUGCCCUGGGCCGGCCCCAGCCCACCCAAAGAGGCCCCGCGCCGGCUCCUCCCGGGGCCCGCGGAGGACACAGGCGGCGCGGCCGCUCCCGCCGCCUCCGCUGCGGCUUCCCCGGCCCGAGCUCCGCCGCUCGGCAGCGCGGCCGCCGGCCCCGAGCCGCCGGGGCCCGGGGCGGGUGGGGCUGCCCGGCCCGGGGCGCUCGGGGGGCGCUCGGGGGCCGCUGCUGGCCCCGGGCCGAGCGCUGACAGCCGCGUGUGGCCCGCAGGGAAGGCGCAGGAGGCCCUGCAGGAGCGCUACCGAGUGGGUUCGCUGCUGGGGCGCGGCGGAUUCGGCAGCGUCUGCUCGGGGACGCGGCUCUCGGACGGCGCCCCGGUGGCCAUCAAACGCGUGCCGCGGGAUCGCAUCCGGCACUGGGGCGAGCUGCCCGACGGCAGCAGCGCGCCCCUGGAGAUCGUGCUGCUGGCCAAGGUGUCGCAAGGCUGUGCUGGUGUCAUUCAGCUGCUGGAGUGGCUUGAGCUCCCCGACAGCUUCUUGCUGGUGCUGGAGCGUCCGGAGCGGUGCCGGGAGCUCUCGGGUGUCCUGGCGGAGCGGAGGUUCCUGCCGGAGGAGGAGGCGCGGGGGCUGUUCCGCCAGGUGCUGGAGGCCGUGCGGCACUGCACCAGCCGCGGGGUCCUGCACAGGGACAUCAAGCCCGAGAACAUCCUGCUCGACCUGGCCACGGGGCAGCUGAAACUGAUCGACUUUGGCUGUGGCGCCUUCCUCCAAGACACAGCCUACACCCAGUUUGCAGGAACCCUGUCCUACAGCCCACCCGAGUGGAUCCACCACCAACACUACCAUGGCGAGGCAGCGACGAUCUGGUCCCUGGGCCUCCUGCUGUACCAGCUGGUCAUGGGCAAGCACCCGUUCAGGAGGGGCCAGGAGAUCAUCUGGGGGCGCAUCUUGUUCUCACCACGGCUCUCUCAAGAGUGCCAGGAUGUCAUUAAGAGGUGUUUGUCCAUGCAGCCCUCGGACAGGCCAUCCUUGGAAGAGCUUUUCUGCCAUCCUUGGGUGCAGGGUGUUCCUCUGCCCUAGAAGAUGGGAGAGAUCCACGUGCACAGU